AUGAACAAAGUUGCCGAUUUCACAGCGCCACUGGUCCUGACGGUCGCAUGUGGUCCCAUAUUCAUACUGAUUAGUGCCACUAAAGAAGAAACACAAUGCGAACUGGAACUCCCACCCGUCCCUUACCCAAGCGCUUCACCAUUCGGACCGCUGCUACAGAGUGCAGGCCCCCAUAGCCUCUACACCACAAACUCACGCCUCGCCGCUCUUACUCCCUUUUAUAAGACAAAUCUCCGCCCUCCACACUUCCUACAACCGCUUCCACCUACUGAAUCAUGUCUACCUUCACCGUCCGCGUUGCUGGGCUCUCCUGCAGCGGCUGCAUCCCCGCCAUCGUCGAAGCGUUGA